GAAUCAUUUACAUGCGAAUUUAGGAAUGUUGAGAAAAAAAUCACAACAAGACAUGUAUUUGGAGGAGGCUCGACUUGAUAGAAAAGAAGAACUUGACAUUUUACAGUAUUGGAAGAAUAAUCAAGGGAGAUAUCCUCAAUUGUCUCUCAUGGCUCGUGAUAUAUUGAGCAUCCCAAUCACUACCGUUGCCUCAGAAUCAUCUUUUAGUAUUGGGGGUCGGGUUCUAAGUAAAUAUCGAUCUUCAUUACUCUCAUCGAAUGUUGAGGCUUUGCUAUGCACUCGUGAUUGGUUGUUUGAUUUAGAAGAUGAUGAAAACAAGAAUGAUAUCGAGGAAGGACUUGCAGAAGAUAUUGAAUCAUUGUAUCCAACAUAUGAUGAUAGCCACGUUUAGGUAAUAUUGACUACCAUACUGGUAAAGUAGUACAUGUUUAGAAAAUAUUUUUUUACGCCACCAAACAUUAUCUUCCAAUCACUUUUUCGGGCUAUGCUUCUCUUUUCUGGUCUAAAUACUAGGGGUGUCAAUCGUGUCUGGUUGGCGUGUUGUAAUCAAGUUGUGAAUGGGUUGGCGGGUUGUAAGCAUA